GCUCGGCUCGGGCUGCGGCUCCUGUGGGGGUGGGCGGCUGGGAUGACAGCGGCGGCGUCCGCGGCUGUGGCGCGGGGCUGAGCGGGCGGCGAGCGAGCGGGGAGAAGAGGAGGAAGUGGAGCCGCGGUCGCGAGCGCCGGAGUCAGCCGGCGCGCCAAGGGCCGCCCAGUUUUGCAGAGCGAGCAGAGUCCGGACCCGGGAAGACUUCACGUCGGGCGCCGGCCGCCGCGGCUCCGCGCCCCGCCUGCCCAGCCUGCCCCAGGCCGGCUCCGCGUCGGGACGCUCCCCGCCCCGCGGUCCGGGGCGUCGUGGCCGGGACGCCGCGAGCCCCAAGCCUGAACCGUGCACCGGCGCGGGACGCUCCUGGGCCCCACGGGGCCAUGGCUGCGGGCUCGUUCCCAGCCUCUCGGUAGUGUGCGUUGGAGCGCCCAGCACUCCGCCAGGGGUUAACUCAGGGCGCCCCCAGCCUCCCGACUGAGUGCGGAGGAGCCGGCGCGCCCCCAGCCUCCGGUUCCCGAGACCCGAGCCUUCCGCUGCCUCCGACCCCGUGCUUCGGACUUGGGACCGUGCGAGCGCCCAGGAAGCCCCGGUCCGGGUCCAGCGCCCCGCGAGGGGUCCCCGGCGGGCUGGACAGUCGUACUGAACCGGUCUGGGCUGGUGCUGCGAGCCGAAGCGGCCACCUUCCUGCCGCCCCAGGCGAGGGGCUGGGCGCUCGCUCCGCGGAGAACACAGGUGGCCCCUCUGCCCCUGCAGAGACCGAGAGCUGCAGCUGGCCCAGUGAAGUGACAUCACCACCUCCGUGGACCCCUGGGAGCCCAGCUCACAGCCACUGGUACCUUCUUCCAGAUAAAGAAAAAAGGACCAGCUGGUGGCCUCCAUGGGCGCCUGAGGGCCUGGCGCCAGGACCCGGGGCACGAGCAUGGUGAGACACCAGCCCCUGCAGUAUUAUGAGCCACAGCUGUGCCUGUCCUGCCUCACGGGCAUCUACGGCUGCCGCUGGAAACGCUACCAGCGCUCCCACGAUGACACGACACCGUGGGAGCGCCUGUGGUUCCUGCUCCUCACCUUCACCUUCGGCCUCACACUCAUCUGGCUCUACUUCUGGUGGGAAGCGCACAAUGACUACGACGAAUUCAACUGGUACCUCUACAACCGCAUGGGCUACUGGAGCGACUGGUCAGUGCCCAUCCUCAUGACCACAGCUGCCGCCUUCACUUACAUCGCAGGCCUCCUGGUCCUGGCGCUAUGUCACAUCGCUGUGGGGCAGCAGAUGAACCUGCACUGGCUGCACAAGAUAGGGCUGGUGGUCAUCCUGGUGUCCACAGUGGUGGCCAUGUCGGCCGUGGCCCAGCUGUGGGAGGACGAGUGGGAGGUGCUGCUCAUCUCCCUGCAGGGCACAGCACCAUUCCUGCAUGUGGGGGCCCUGGCUGCCAUCACUGCGCUCUCCUGGAUCGUGGCAGGACAGUUUGCCCGCGCAGAGCGGUCCUCCUCCCAGAUGGCCAUUCUCUGUACCUUCUUCGCGGUGGUGUUCGCCCUCUACCUGGCCCCUCUCUCCAUCUCCUCUCCCUGCAUCAUGGAGAAAAAGGACCUGGGCCCCAAGCCCGCCCUCAUCGGCCACCGCGGGGCCCCCAUGCUCCAAAGCCCUUGCCAUCGCCGGCUCUCCGGACCAGCCUGCCUCCCAGAGGAAGAAGUGUGUUACACGCUGGGGAACAGCAUGGCCAGAGGGAGAGAGAAUGGGCACGGGCAAGUCUUGAUGGGGCUGGCCCCGGAGCACACGCUCAUGUCCUUCCGGAAGGCCCUGGAGCAGAAGCUGUAUGGACUCCAGGCUGACGUCACCAUCAGCCUGGACGGCGUGCCCUUCCUCAUGCAUGACGCCACCCUGCGGCGCACCACCAACGUGGAGGAGUUGUUCCCGGAGCUCGCCCGCAGGCCUGCCGCCAUGCUCAACUGGACUGUCCUGCAGAGGCUCAAUGCCGGCCAGUGGUUCCUGAAGACGGACCCCUUCUGGACUGCCAGCUCCCUGUCGCCCUCCGACCACAGGGAGGCCCAGAACCAGUCCAUCUGCAGCCUAGCUGAGCUCCUGGAGCUGGUCAAGGGCAAUGCCACGCUGUUGCUCAACCUGCGUGACCCGCCGCGGGAGCACCCCUACCGCGGCACCUUCCUCAACUUCACGCUGGAGGCUCUGCUGCGCUCAGGCAUCCCCCAGCACCAGGUCAUGUGGCUGCCUAACAGGCAGAGGCCCCUGGUGCGGAAGGUGGCUCCUGGCUUCCAGCAGACAUCGGGCUCCAAGGAGGCGGCUGCCAGCCUGCGGAGAGGCCACAUCCAGUGGCUGAACCUGCGCUACACGCAGGUGUCCCACCAGGAGCUCAGGGACUAUGCGUCCUGGAACCUGAGCGUAAACCUCUACACGGUCAACGCGCCGUGGCUCUUCUCGCUGCUCUGGUGCGCGGGGGUCCCGUCUGUAACCUCUGACAACUCCCACACCCUGUCCCAGGUGUCUUCCCCCCUCUGGAUCAUGUCUGGAGCCCCCGUGCAGACCAGCCGUGACUGGAAGCUGGCCGCCGGCCGUCUGUCCACAGCCCCCGGACGAGUACUGUCUCAUGUGGGUCACCGCCGACCUGGUCUCCUUCACCCUCAUCGUGGGCAUCUUCGUGCUCCAGAACUAUCACUUGAUCAGGUGGCGCCUGGGUGGCAUACGGAGCUACAACCCCGAGCAGAUCAUGCUGAGUGCCGCGGUGCGCCGGACCAGCCGGGACGUCAGCAUCAUGAAGGAGAAGCUCAUCUUCUCAGAGAUCAGCGAUGGCAUGGAGGUCUCCGAUGAGCUCUCUGUAUGUUCAGACAACAGUUAUGACACAUACGCCAACAGCACCACCACCCCUGUGGACCCCCGAGGGAGUGGCAGCCGCGCCAAGACCUUCACAGAUAGGGGUGGGCGUUAGCUGAAGACCUGUCUGUCCCCGCCUGUACCAAACGUGAGACGGGGGAACCCAGGAGAGCUGGCAGGAGCGGAUCUGGACCUGGAGUGCUCUGGGAGCUGGCUCCACGGCCUCCUCGUUGGCUCCAGCCCUUUGUCAGCCAUGGCCUUUCUUGGAGGGGGCACCUCUCUCCCCUGAGGCCCAGCUGGGCCAGGACUCCAGCCUCUCAGAUGCCCCUGCAGGCCUGGGGCUCCUUCUGGGAAGUUUGGGGCCUGGGGCCUGGUCCUCCCUGAGGCCCCCCCUUGCAUCGUGACCUGGAAGCUUUGAUGGGUCACUGGGCUGUGCCAUGCCCCACUGUGGAUGGAAGAUGUAGAUGCCCAUGUGUGUCCAUCCUCCUGUCCAUGCUGUGAGGCAACCCACUUCUCCAUGUUUCUCCUGCCUCGAGGGCCUAGGCUGGGCCUCUGCCGCCAGCAGCUCUCCUCCUCAUGUGCGCCCAUCCGUCUCAAAGCACAAGGAGGGUCAGCCCAUGGGGAGAGCCUGCCACAGCGGUGCAGACACUCCUCCUCCGAGCCUCCCUCUGGGCUGGCCCUGCCCGGGAGAGGGCCUGAGCCAUGCCCCCGGGAGCAGCUGGAGACGCCAAAGGGCAGGCUCAGAGCUGCUGUCCUGUGCCCAAGAGCCCAUUAGGCCUCUGGGGCAGAGUGGCCCGGAGGCCCAGGAGAUCCACAGACUGACACGACCUCACAUCAGUGGCCACAGGGCAGGGGCCAUCUGGGAAGAGUGUUCUGGGCAUGGUCAAGGGUGGGCAUGUGGCCAAGGAGGCCUGCAGUGGAGGGAGCCAGAGGGCUCUGGCCAAGAUGAUUAAAGCUGCCGUCUUGACA